AUGCAGAAUUUGGCUGAGACAAAGGAAAUAGAAGAAGCUGGAAUUGCAAGGAGAAACAUGAAAAUUCAAGAAAAAAAUGCACUAAAAUCAGCUGUGUAGUCGCUUUUCCGUUUGCGAGAAUUUCACGGCGAACAUCUCUCAGUUUUGGAGGAUUCUUUGGCAGUGGAAUGCGCAAAACUUCUCAUUCGAAUAGCAACAACUUCAAAAACUAUCGCAACCAUCAAUAUGUGCUUGCAUUACACGCUACACAUUUGCAAUUCGAUAGAUUUGAAGCAGGAUACCUGGGAUGAAAUGACUGCUCUGCUCAAUGUAAAACGCGACGAAAAAUGGUAA